GCGGCCGGGACACCAACGGCUGCGUCUGUUUCCUUGUUUAUGAGUUUAGGCGUCUCGGUGGCUUCGGACGGGUUCAGGUGUGUUUGCUCUGUCCCUGGGAACUGCGACAACAUUUACACGGGAUUGUCGAGGAAGUCCUCUAUUUGACCGUGUUGGUCGCCCGUUGCUAUUCUGGGCCCCACCUACUGGAAGCGCUCACAUCGGUAAAACCUGCCGGGGUUGGAUCUUGAUCGGUGUUUUGAGACGUAAGGCUCUGAGUUCAGCUUCUGUUCUGAAUGGCCACAGCUGCAGACGAGCCUGCAGGCCCACAGGACCACAAUUUGACUGGGAUUCGAAAAAAUGCUUCAACAGAGGGUCCAACCAUGUCUCAGACCAUGAAAAAAACAAUCGGCCAUCGUGGAAUCAAUCCCACUGGGGAGACUACGUACAAAAAGACAACAUCCUCAGCCCUGAAAGGUGCCAUCCAGUUAGGCAUCACACACACAGUGGGAAGCUUAAGUCAAAAACCGGAGAGAGAUGUACUUCUGCAGGAUUUUGAAGUUGUUGAAAGCUUCUUUUUUCCCAGUGAGGGCAGCAACCUGACACCCGCCCACCAUUAUGGGGACUUCAUGUUCAAGACAUAUGCACCAAUCGCCUUUCGCUACUUCAGAGAGAUGUUUGGCAUUCGCCCUGAUGACUACAUGUAUUCGCUGUGUAAUGAGCCGCUGAUUGAGCUUUCAAACUCUGGGGCCAGUGGAUCUCUCUUCUACGUCUCAAGUGAUGAUGAGUACAUCAUUAAGACAGUGCAGCACAAAGAGGCAGAAUUUCUGCAGAAACUGCUUCCUGGAUACUUUAUGAACCUGAACCAGAACAAGCGGACCUUAUUACCAAAGUUUUACGGACUGUACUGUGUCCAGUCAGGUGGAAAAAACAUUCGUAUUGUAGUAAUGAACAAUUUGCUCCCAAGUGAUGUACGACUGCACUCCAAGUUUGAUUUAAAGGGCUCCACCUAUAAGAGACGUGCCUCGCCUAAAGAGAGGGAAAAGACUUCACCUACAUACAAGGACCUAGACUUUAUGCAGGACAUGCCUGAUGGCCUGUUACUGGAAGCUGACAAACACACUGCACUUUGCAAGACCAUCCAUAGAGAUUGUUUGCUCCUGCAAAGUUUUAAGAUCAUGGACUACAGCCUUCUGAUGGGAAUCCACAAUGUAGAUCAGGCUUGUCGAGAGCAGGCCAGCGAGGAGGCUGUUGCAGGGGCUGUGGAACAGAGGAGGCCACAGAAGUCCCUGUACAGCACUGCUAUAGAGGCCAUCCAGGCAGAGGCUGUGAGUAUGGGAUCAGAGGACACGGAGGACAGAACGGGAGGAAUACCAGCCAAAAACGCAAAAGGAGAACGGUUGCUGUUGUAUAUUGGAAUCAUCGACAUUCUUCAAUCCUAUAGGUUGGUGAAGAAGCUUGAGCACUCUUGGAAAUCCCUGGUUCAUGACGGGGAUACUGUGUCUGUACACAGACCAAGUUUCUAUGCAGACAGAUUUGAGAAGUUUGUGUGUACCAUAGUCUUCAAGAAAGUCCAACUAAAGACUUCCCCAUCUAAGAAACGCCGUGCAGUAUCCCAUGGUCCUUUGAAAAAAACUGGUGGCAGUGGGCCUCCACUAUCGACCCAAACCAGCACCAGCAGCCAGCCGCUUUCACUCCAAAAUCAGCCUAGCAUCGAGAGCAGAGAAGACACUGAAGUAGACAACGUUAUACAUUCUGGUCGUCCUGAUCUCCUCCCGAUGACCUCAUUGCCCAGCAAUGCCGUUGGUACCACUGCUGAAACUCCAGAUUCUUCAUCCUCAGGGACACCUGAAAUUUCUUCCUCCAAUUCAGUGAAAUUGGACGUAAACAAACUGUUAAGCAAACAUAUGGAACGUAGCACCCCCAAGAGAGCUCAGCUGGGGACUCUUGAAGAAAGGGCAGAGGAUGUAAUCUCAUAAUUCCUAAUACAAGCAAACGUUAUAGUUUUGGGGAACAACUGAACUGAAAUGGACCAAAACAAACAUGGAGGAUGCUAGUGUGAACAAAAUGUUACUAAAUUCUCUUGGUGUGAGGAGAGUUAAUACGAAAUUUCAGCCAAACCAAGUUUUCCUUCACACUUUGCCAGAUCUUUCCUCUGAUCACAUAUGGGUGGUUGUGCUAGUGACACUAGUAAUGCGGGUGCACAGUAAUGCUGCGGCCAUUUAACACUAUUUCUUACCGUAAUCUUUGUAGGGACAACCAAACAUUGUUCUUUGCAUUGAUGAGCCAGCAUUUGUUUUGAUACUCGACACUCUCAUUUAAGGCUCGCUUGUCUGUUUUUCCGUGUACUCUUUUAGGGUCCAUGAGUGUCUAGAGUACUGUUUCUGCUGUAUGUUCGACGUAAACAAUUUAACACACAACCAUACAGUAUAGUGUCAGCCUAUCAGGGUCGCAGAUUAAACUUCAGGUCUUUUAACAAAUUUAAUGUAUUUGUACAUGGUACUUUUUCAAUAUCACUUUGAUUCAUGCUGGAAAAGAAAGAGGUGUUGUGAUGUAAGUGUACUACUGUAGAAACUGUGAAUGUCACCCAUCGUGUUCAGGCAAAUGUUAAACUUUAAAAUGGGUUGCUUUAUAUGUAUGUAUACACUGUAUGAUCUGAGUUCAGUUUUCGUUUGCAAGUGCACUAACAACUAAAUACCACUGAUGAGCUGAUACUCAGAUGGUUGAGCACCAAAACAAACAAUGAUCUGGGGCCUGUCUCAUGAAUUUAGUGAAUCUUUUUUUUUUUUUUUUUACUGAGAUGCACAGAUGUUUAACUAAGACCAAAAACUGCAACGACCAGCUAAUGUCUUUCAAAUCAGUCAAUGAAAUCAAAGAACCACUGACUCAAGGAGUCACAUCAAGUAAGACUACAUGAUGUCAGUUUUCCUAAAUGGUAUUAUAAUUUUGUUUUACAUUGUAAUUUAUAGUAUUUGUAAUAGUAUUAUAGUAAAUGUUUGCAAUAAAACCAGCAUUCCACCCUGUCAGCAGUUAACAAAGCAGGACAUGCAUAGUGCUUUUCAUUAGUACUAAGCAAAACUUUAGUUUGUGUGUGUUUAAGUGUUUUAUCUUACAAAAAAUAUUUGCUUUAAAGAAGAUGACCAAUGUAGAUUAUGGAAUUGUGCCUUUGCUGCUGAAUGUUUGAACUAUAAACCUAAUUUUUAUUUUUAUUUAUGCAUUUUCUACAUUUGGAGUAGUCAGCUGCUAAACAUAAACAGGUUACAUAAACUAAAUGCAAUGUGGAUUAUGUGUUUCAGCUGCUGCUUUCAACUUUAAGUUUCUUGUGUCCAGAACAUAUUAAAUACGAUAUGUCUGCUUUU